CAAACACCCUCGCCUACAUCGCUUCCCUUCUCCCGGUUUAGCCCAAAACACCGCCUUCCUCACCGAACCCUCGCGAUACAGUCGCAAUUAGAGCUAACUGGGAAGGCAACGGCGGGAUCGAGGCUUACAGAGACCCCAAACUGCCAUCUUUCUUCUCCUUCCGCACCGUCCCUGCCGAAAGCAUGGAGGCAGAUGGAGGAAGCUUGUGAUUAAAAAGAGGGGCAUUAUAACCCAAGUCAAGUUGACAAACUGGGUUGCAAAAGAUGAAUCCUCUGACUUUGGUUAAGCGCAUCCAGAAGAUUAAUUCCACUGAGGCAACGCUUGGUAUAUCAGAGGAAGCGUCCUGGAAUGCCAAGUUCAAGGACUCUGCCUACAUAUUUAUCGGCGGUGUCUCAUAUGAUCUCACGGAAGGGGAUCUUCUUGCAGUCUUUGCUCAGUAUGGAGAAGUUGUGGAUGUCAAUCUUGUCAGGGAUAAAACCUCAGGAAAAUCUAAGGGCUUUGCCUUCCUUGCAUAUGAAGAUCAAAGGAGCACGGUCCUAGCUGUUGAUAACUUGAAUGGUGCUAUGAUUCUUGGUCGAAUAAUAAGGGUUGAUCAUGUUACAAGUUAUAAGAGAAAAGAGGAAGAAGAUGAAGAAAAAGAGAUGGAGAAGAGAGAGGAACGUGAAGUGUGCCAUGCUUUUCAAAGGGGCCAGGGUAAUCAUGGAUCUUCUUUUAAAUUUUCUCAUGAUGAGCAGCGAUGUGCUAAUACUUGCUGGGGUGCCAAGGAUAGUGACAAAUGGGGCAAUGACAAGCUUGCUAGGCCUCCAAGAAGCCACCAAAAUUCAACGAAUGAUAAAUUCAAGGUGGAUGAAUACAAGCGUAGGAGACGUUGACGCCAGGCAUUUAUAGUUUAUUUGACAUCGCUUUUUGUUUUAGAUAAGGUAUGUUUGAUUAGUGUUUUAUUAGUAUUCUAAUUUAAAUUAAAUUAUUCUUAAAUCUUUUAAAAACAUUUGGAAGAUUUA